AUGCGCAGCGGCUCUAAGCUGGAGCUGGAGGAGGAGCAGAGUAUGUAUGACUCAAAGGUGAUGCAUCUUGAUGGAAUGCAGUUGGCUAUAAAGGCUAAUGGACCAGGCCAGGUCAACGCUAAUGCUGGCUAUACAUAUAAAGCUCGAGAACACACGUCACACCAUGUCACGAGAUUAAGGCACUCGAGACAUCUAGAAGGGUACCUGCCUAUACACACAUCUUCCUUUGUACCUGCGACGGUUCCAAAAUUGGCGGUUAAGGAUAACCAUAAACCGCUGUUCACUGAGUGCCUGAACUACAGGCCUACUGUCAAAGAAGAACAGCCUGUAGGAACCUAUGUGUUCACUGUACACGCAGAAGACCGAGAUCCCCCAGAAAUGGGUGGAACGGUCACAUACAAGUUCGUCUCCACUCCUGGUGAAAAGGAGAGGUUCCACGUUGACCCUGAGACAGGGAAAAUCACCACAGCCGAUAUAUUCGACCAUGAUGAACCGUCCAGAGAAAAGGAAGCUUACAUAACAGUGAGAGCCAGUGAUAACGGACAACCGCAGCUGGACGACGCAUGUACCAUCAAAAUUCUGAUAGAAGACAUAAAUGAUAACCAGCCUGUGUUCGACAAAGUUUCGUAUUCGGAGUCGGUCCCACAAGACCUGCCCAGUGGGAGGGAGGUGAUGAGGAUAUCUGCUACGGACAUCGACGAUGGCAACAAUUCCAUUGUCCAUUACAGUCUGGACUCGAAUUCGCCGGACCAAGCGUAUUUUUACAUUGAUCCAGACAACGGAGUCAUAUUUUUGAAUAAAACUAUUGAUAAAGCUCCUGGCUACAAGUUUAAACUGAGCGCCAUAGUAAAAGAUAUGGGCACCCCGCCUCAGCAAAGUUCUAUAACUUUAGACAUCCAAGUUGUGGAGUCCAAUAAGAAGAGUCCUUCAUUUAUCGAAGUCCCAGAUGAACCAAUCAGAUUAAAGGAAAAUUAUUCAGAUUUUAAUACGCCUAUCGCUACUAUUCGGGCUGUCUCAAACAUACCCGAGGAGAAGAAGCUCCAAUUCGAGCUGGUGCAAGGUCAGACAGAACAGACGAACAAAUGGCACACCUUCGUGUUGGAGCCUGAAGCUGACUCCGCCUACAUCAAGCUUGGAAACCAUUUGGAUUAUGAGAAAAUUACUGAUUACACCCUGACUGUGCGAAUACAGAACAAUUACAAAUUAGCAGCAGAAACGAUAAUCCAAAUCGAAGUUGAAGAUGUGAACGACAAUAUCCCAAUCUUCAGUGAAAUUAGAUCAGGUAGCGUCUUAGAAAACGAGAACCCAGGCACACCAGUGAUGCAGGUCCGAGCCUUCGAUGCAGAUGGAACAUCAGCCAACAACCAGAUAACAUACGAACUCGGCGACCCAUCCGACCCAUUCGCUAUAGACAGUAUAACUGGCAACAUUACAACUUUAAAAAUGUUUGACAGAGAAGAAAGGAGUUUUUAUAACAUUAAGAUUAUUGCAACUGACAACUCUGAGUCUGCUCUGAUACCUGGCAAGCAUAAUGCUGGUCAGCAAGUGUUCCUGAUUGAAAUAGCCGAUAAGAAUGACAAUCCGCCUCAUUUUACGCAAGAUACGUACGUCGCUGAGUCCAUAGCUGAGAAUGCUAAUAUUAAUGAGCUAGUUACCGUUGUCAGCGCUUUGGAUAUUGAUACUGCAUCCGUGGUAACAUACAGCAUUGUGGCCGGCAAUACGUACGAUGCUUUCGUCAUUCGAAACUUUACUGGUGAAAUAAGAGUGAACAACGAGUUGGACUAUGAGAAUAUCACAAGUUACAGCCUAGAUGUAAGGGCUUUUGACGGUAUAUACGAAGAUUACGCCAAAGUCAUCAUCAAUAUUGAAAAUUUGAACGAUAACCCGCCUGUGUUUUUGGCUAAUUACACUAAGACUAUUGAAGAAGAGAAACUCUAUGAAGGGUGUAUUGUGAAGGUGGAAGCAUACGACCCUGACAUUAAAGACAGGAAUGCCCCUCAAAACAUCGUCUACUCCUUAGUAAAACAUGAACAAAAAGAAUUUCUUCAAAUCGACAAUGAUGGUUGUCUUCGCCUCACCAAGCCUUUAGACCGCGACCAACCGCUAGGUUUUACAAGAUGGCAGAUUUUAAUCAUGGCGGCCGAUCAUGGCGGGAGAUUGGGUUCUGACAGCUUGAGGUCAACGACCGAAGUCAUAUUGGAACUCACAGAUAUUAAUGACAAUGCACCGUUUUUGACUAAUACACAGCCCGUUAUAUGGUACGAGAACGAGCCCCCAGGCCAGGUUGUGAUCCUGACUGCCAAAGACUACGACUCAGCAGAAAAUGGCCCACCUUUCACCUUCGCCCUAAACGAAUCCGCGUCAUUUGAUAUUCGCUCCAAAUUCCAUAUACAAGGCAACAUCCUAUCGACCCUCGUGUCUUUUGACCGUGAACAGCGCAAAGAAUACAAGAUUCCAGUAGCCAUCACCGACUCUGGCACUCCUCGACUGACGGGUGUUUCCAUCCUUCAUGUAGUGAUUGGAGAUAAAAACGACAACCCCAUGGCACCAGGGCAUAGCGACAUCUUUGUUUACAAUUACAAGGGUGAAGCUCCAGACACAGAAAUUGGUCGAGUAUACGUUGAUGACCCUGAUGAUUGGGACUUGGCUGACAAGAGGUUUAUGUGGCUACCGUCCUACGAACAGAGGAGUCCAUAUUUUGACAUCCAUAGCAACACUGGCAUGAUCACCAUGAAGGAAGGAACGCCUAAUGGCACUUAUUUGUUGAGGUUCAAUGUGACAGAAGAAAAUGAACCACUGGUACCAUUCCACUGGGUAGAAGCGACAGUGAAUGUGACCAUCAAAGAGAUACCAGAGGAGGCAGUGGAUAAAUCAGGGUCUAUUCGUUUCGUGAACAUCACAGCCGAAGAGUUUAUAGUUCCUGAGCCUGAUGGCACGAGUAAGAAGGACAAGUUACAUCGUCGUUUAGCGCAACUGUACAACACGUCUAUGGACAAUGUGGAUGUUUUCACCGUCUUCACUAAGAAUACGGUGAAGGAUGUUUUCUUGGAUGUACGGUUUUCUGCACACGGGUCCCCGUAUUAUCCUCCCGAGAAAUUGGACAGCAUGGUCAUUGGGAUACAAGAAAAGCUCGAAGAAGAACUCCAAUCAAAGAUCUACAUGGUGAAAAUAGACGAGUGCCUGGUUGAGAAAGAGCAAUGUGAAGAUUCCUGUCGUAACGUGCUGAUGAAGAACAACGUCCCUCUGUCAGUAUACACGAACACUACCAGUUUUGUUGGCGUGUCUGCGAGGGUGGAGUCGGAGUGCACUUGUGAUGUGGUCGAACCACUUGUGUGCUUGAAUGGAGGUACUCCAUUCGCGGAUAAGUGCGAGUGUCCCGAAGGUCUAUCAGGACCUCAUUGCGAGCAAACUUCAAUCGGUUUCCAUGGAGACGGUUGGGCCAUGUACUCAUCCCCGCCGGCGUGCCAGGAAGGUCACGUGACCUUGACCGUGACCUCACACUCCAGUAACAGCCUCGUCUUCUAUUUAGGACCCUUGAAGCACAAUCCACUUUUGGAAGUUCAAGAUUUCAUGUCUUUGGAGCUGGUAGAAGGCUUCCCAGUACUCCUCGUUAACUAUGGAUCUGGUACGACCAGGCUUAACAACAGCGUGGUCCACGUGGCCGAUGGAAAGCCUCAUUUGAUAGAAAUAGUUCUCAUGAGAAGUUCUAUUGAAAUGUUCGUGGAUAGAUGUAAAUUGUCUACGUGUAUGAGCCUUGCUGCUCCUACUGGACCAAGAGAAAUUUUAAAUGUAAACGGUCCACUGCAACUUGGAGGCGCCAGUAUAGAUCUCCAACAUUUAGCUAGAACUUUCGGUUGGAAACACGUGCCAACUAACCAAAAUUUCGUAGGAUGCAUCAGUAACUUCACAUAUAACGACUUUAUGUACAACUUAGGAGAGCCGUCGUUACAUCGUAAUGCGGACCCAAGUUGCCAACGCAGCAUGUUCACCGCCGUCACCUUUGGUAUCGAUACCAAUUUCUUAGUAGCCAUACUUGUCUGCAUCGUCAUAUUAGCAAUACUUCUCCUAGCAGUGGUCGUACAUCGAAGGCGAGCUGACGCCUGGGCUGAGAAGGAGCUGGACGAUAUUAGAGAGAACAUCAUUGCUUACGAAGACGAAGGUGGCGGCGAGGGAGAUGCUGGAUACGACCUGCAUGUCCUCAGGCAAAUGUAUGAUGGUCCAUUGCCUGAUACUGACACCUUCAUGCAGAGUAGAGGUAUGGUAGGUGCAGCGCCAGACAUCUCAGGAUUUCUGGACGACAAGAAGUCUGUCCUUGAUCGGGAUCCAGACAUCACGCCAUAUGAUGACGUCCGUCACUACGCGUACGAGGGAGACGGGAAUACUAGUGGUUCUCUCUCUUCUUUAGCGAGCUGUACGGACGACGGAGACCUCAAAUUCAACUACCUACAAACAUUCGGUCCGCGGUUCCGCAAGUUGGCGGACAUGUAUGGUGAUGAGGACGAGGAUCGGCCGCACGAGGAGUCUUGGUGCUAGCGCCACGCUUGGCUCGUGUAGCCUACUUCUGACUGUCCAGGCCCUGUGCCAAGUGCUUGGUAAACCACCAAGCUCCAUGAUGCCUUACCGCUUAACAGCGUUUGAUUUAACAAGGUACUUGUGUUGCCAGUGACAAUUACACCCCACCGGAUAACCCCUUUCAUUGAAAUUGACAUUUUAAAUUUGAAUUUAGAACCAUGAUUGUGAUAAUGUGACCUUUUUUGACGGUUCGCUUUGGGAUUGAAUGAAGUUUGGCGGUUGAUUCUAUUUUUUUUUAUCUGUGACUUAAUAAUGUUGUACAAUAUUUUUGACAGAUGAGUGACAUUUGUGUUAAUUAUUUUUCUAUUUUUUCUGUUCUAUUUCGUGCUGCAGCUAUUGUUUCAAUUGUUUUUUUUUAUUGAUUGUUAUUUUUUAAUAAUGUGAUUUUUAGAAAAUUGCGGCCUAAUUAUUUUUAGUAACGUCUUAUUUUCUUUAGAUCAUUUGAUUCUGAAUUGUUCUUACAUACCCUGCGAAAACUAUCAGUAAAAUCUGCUCUAAAAGAUUUGUUAGGCAUCACAAUCUACUAGACUUUAUUUUCUACUGAACAUAAUUGGAACCGAUCCCUUAGCUACGAUUUAUAAGAAUAAAAAAAAAAUGUGUCAAAAACAAUUUGUGAAAGAACAACAGUAUUACAUUUUAAAAAUACGAGAAUUGCAAUUACGUUUCAAAAAGUGGGUUCAAUUGAAAACUGAUUAAUUUAAAAGCAAAGUGAUAAUCUUAAAUGGUGGAAUGUUCUUAGUAAAAUGCGUUUUAAGAUAAUAAUUAUAUGUAUUCAAUUAUAAUUGUAUUCAAAUAAAUCACAUUAAAGAAAUGUUUUUAAGAAAAUGACUGAUGUAACAUUUAGGCAUUGUUGUAGAUACGCCUAAAUUAUUUCGACUAUGUAAUUUUUAUAUUGUAAAAUGUUUAGGACAGAAAUUGAGUGAUGUAUGACUUCUAUUUAAGACUUUUAUACGUAUUAUUCAUUUAGUUUUUUAAUAGUUCGGCCUUAGAUUAGUUAGCGGUACUGGUUAUGGUUGGUCACACGCUUCGACAGUCGCCUCGCCUGACUUUGGCAGCUGAUUUCAUUCAGUAAAUUACUUAAAAGUGAUUUUAAAUACUUAAUUGAAUGAAAUAUUUGUAGAGCUUUUUCUGAUAGUGGCAUUUUGACGAAUGUUAA